AAGAAAGACUCGGAAAAAAAAAUUUCUGAUUUUCCAUCCGCACAUUUUUUGAAUCGUCACAAUUAUUGCUCAAAGUAAACAAAAACAAAAAAUACCCACAAAACGAAAUAUAAUUAAUAUCCCUCCUACCCAUAUCUCCUUCUAUCCAUCUCUCCCUCUCUCAUUCUUCGGCACAAAGCAUAAGACUUGAAGGAAGCAAAAUGAGUUUGUGGUAUAUCAUUGUUGCCUUCGUCUUCUUUUCUUCUAUAAUCAUUGUAAGGAACACGAGAACGACAAAGACGAAUCUACCUCCUGGACCACCAAGACUUCCUAUAAUUGGUAACUUACACCAAUUGGGAUCCAAACCUCAUCGCUCGAUGUUCAAAUUAUCCGAAAAGUAUGGAUCGUUAAUGUCUUUGAAGUUUGGGAAUGUGUCUACUGUUGUGGCAUCUACACCAGAGACAGUGAAGGAAGUCUUAAAAACAUUUGACGUAGAAUGUUGUUCGCGACCAUAUAUGACUUAUCCUGCAAGAUUUACAUACAAUUUAAAAGAUCUCGGCUUUUCUCCCUAUAGCACAUAUUGGAGGGAGGUACGAAAGAUGACUGUUGUUGAACUCUACACCGCAAAAAGAGUGAAAUCAUUUCAACACACAAGAAAAGAAGAAGUUGCUUCCCUCGUUGAUUUCAUCAAACAAGCUGCGUCAUUGGAGAAAUCGGUUAACUUGAACAAUAAGUUAAUGAAACUAGCAGGAAGUGUGAUUUGUAGAGUUGCAUUUGGUAUCAAUCUUAAAGGAAGUAAACUUGAGAAUACUUAUGAGGAAGUAAUUCAAGGAACAAUGGAGGUUGUGGGGAGUUUCGCAGCAGCAGAUUACUUCCCGGUCAUUGGUACAAUCAUCGAUAGGAUCACAGGGUUACAUAGCAAAUGUGAGAAGAUUUUUAAGGCAAUGGAUGCAUUUUUUGAUCAAUCUAUAAAGCAUCACCUAGAAGAUGAGAGUAUUAAAGAUGAUAUCACUGCCUUGCUCCUCAAGAUGGAAAGGGGGGAGACUGGGCUUGGGGAGUUUCAACUUACUCGAGACCACACCAAAGGAAUUCUUUUCAAUAUUCUCAAUGCUGGAAUAGACACUUCUGCACAAGUUAUGACAUGGGUGAUGACCUAUUUGAUUGCAAACCCAAGAGUUUUGAAGAAAGUGCAAGCCGAGGUGAGAGAAGUGAUAAAAAACAAAGACGAAAUCAUAGAAGAAGUUAUAGAACGACUCGAAUAUCUAAAAAUGGUAAUUAGAGAAACGUUUAGGGUAUUACCGCUCGUGCCACUUCUAAUUCCAAGAGAGGCUUCAAAAAAUUUAAAGAUCGGAGGUUAUGACAUUCCCAAGAAAACAUGGAUCCAUGUCAACAUAUGGGCUAUUCAUAGGAAUCCAAACGUUUGGAAAGAUCCAGAAACUUUCAUCCCGGAGAGAUUUAUGGAUCGCCAGAUUGACUAUAAAGGUUUGAACUUUGAGCUGUUGCCGUUUGGUAGUGGAAGGAGAAUGUGCCCUGGUAUAGGAAUGGGUAUGGCUUUGGCACAUUUGAUCAAUCUUCUUUACCGAUUUGAUUGGAGGCUUCCGGAAGGCAUGGAGGUAGAAGAUAUUGACCUUGAAGAAUCAUAUGGACUUGUAUGUCCUAAGAAAGUCCCACUAGAGCUUAUCCCGGUCCUUACUCAAUGGACUUGAUUUUAUAUUUUCAUAGUUUAAAAUGUAACCCUUUGGAAGUAUCUUAAAGGUAUUAUCAUUUUCAUUUAUAAGGAACUUGUUUGAUGCAUCAACUUUUAGCUCAUUUUCUUUGGUAGCUUAACCUCAACU